AUGAAUUGCAGCCAGACUCCCGACCUGGUCCUCUCGGGGAUGUCUAGUGGCCCAGAGAAACGGCAGUUCCUCUUUCUUCUGUUUCUGACUCUCUACUUGCUGGGCCUCCUGGGGAAUUUGCUGCUUCUGCUGGUUAUUACCACUGACAUCCACCUCCAUACACCUAUGUACUUCUUCCUCAGCCAGCUCUCCUUUGUGGAUCUCUGCUUCACUACUACCACAACCCCCAAAAUGCUGGGGAACUUGUGGACCAGUAACGGCUUCAUCUCUUUCUCUGGAUGUCUGACCCAGUUAUACUUCUUUGCUGUUUUUGCUGACAUGGACAACCUGCUUCUGAUGAUCAUGGCCAUUGACCGCUAUGCUGCUAUUUGCCAUCCUCUGCGCUAUCCAAUCCUCAUGACUCCUUGUAGAUGUGGGGUGCUGGUGGGUGGGUCAUGGGGAGUGGCCCACUCGGUAUCUCUCAUCCAUACUCUGUUGUUAUCCCAGUUGUCUUUCUAUACCAAUCAAGAAAUUCCUCAUUUUUUCUGUGAUUUUGGCCCGCUCUUGUGGCUGUCCUGUUCUGAUGCCCACCUCAAUGAGGAUCUGAUGAUGGCUUUGGCUGGGUUGUUAGGAAUUGUUCCUCUGCUCUGCAUCGUAGGUUCUUAUGCUCGUAUUUUCUGUGCUGUGGCUAGGGUUCCAUCCGCACAGGGGAAGCAGAAGGCCCUGGCCACGUGUGGCUCCCACAUCUCCAUGGUCAUCCUCUUCUACAGCACAGUGUUCGCCACAUACCUGAAGCCCCCAUCACCUUCUCACUCCUCUGGGGAGCUGGUUGCUGCUGUCAUGUACACCUUGGUAACUCCCACUCUAAACCCUUUCAUUUACAGCCUGAGAAAUAAGGAUGUGAAAAGUUCACUGAAAAAACUUCUGGGCUGGGAGGACUUUCAGGAUUGGAAUUAA